GGUGGUGGUAACUAAGCAAUGCGUGGGGACACCAAAUGAAAACGGAAGCACAAUUUAUAAAUAUGUAGAGCUAAAUUCUACAUGUAAAAGAAAAAAAGAACUAGAAAAUUGUUUUGACCAGGAUUUAGAGAGAUGACUUCUGACGCUGAUGUUGUCCACAAUCGCAAUGCAGAUCCAAUUUGCAUUAAAGUUUUAAAAGCUAAAAACUUGAGAGGCUCGAGGGGAGAAAAUGUAGCCUUUGUUAUCAAAGUGGAGUUUGCUGAUCGACUGUUGAGUGAAAGUUCUAAGUUUGAUACUAAUGGGGACAGCCAGUUAGAUUGUAACUUUACUUCUUUUCUUAACUGCCCUUCAGAUGACGUUGUGGCCCUUGAUGAGCUGGCCAACAAACCACUUGUAUUUACUGUCAGUGAAGUUCUACAGAAAGAAAAGAAACAGAAAGAAGAGAAGACAAGUCUUCUAGGUCAAUGCUGUUUAGAUUUGUCUCCCUUUCUAAGAGGUACAACUCAUAUCAAGCAAACACUGACAUUGUGUCCAUUUUCUGGGUCACCACUGGAAAACCUUUUUCAAGAAAACCAGAAAGCAGAAUUGGAUGUAAAUGUGACCUUAAACCAACCAUUGGUAACUGAUGCUCAUUUCAAGGGAAGUAAUAUUCUGACUAUAUCUCUGGGAAGUCUGUACUCUCCCCCUGAAUCAUGGACAACUAUGAGUCAGUCUUAUCACUAUGGGGCUUCUCUUCCUAUUCCUAUCACCCCAGAGAGAGAAAAUUCAGUGGUCUUCACCAACGGUCUAUUAAAACCUGCUCAGGAUAAAGAUGCUAACAACAAACAGAAGAAAUGGGCCAAUCCAGGAACAGCAUCUGGUAAUGCAGCCUAUUUACCAACAAGCAUUUUUAGUAUUCCUAUUGAAGAAGAAGAUGGUGACUUGAAAGGGAAAGAAGAUGUAGACCAUCGCAACAUAGCAGAGAAUGAUAGGCAUCGUGUGAUAUGGAACAUGGAGCGGAGAUGUUUCUUGGAUUCUUCAACUAUCAAAGUAUUUCAGGAGUCUAUUGCCAAAUGUCGGUAUUGGCCAUUGGAGAUAAUGAGAAUGUCACAACCUGCUGUAGGGAAAGGGAAAAAAGAUGAGGAUGUUAGUGUUGGCUUUCAUGGUAUAACUUUUUUAAACCUUGCACCACUCUUGUAUCCUGGAGUUCAGACCAUCAGAGGUGCCUUUAAAGUUAUUGGCUAUUCAGACCAUUUACUGGCUGAGAAGACCAAAAGGAAGGCAGGUCUGUUAGAUGAGACUGUCAAGGCUACUCAGAGCUCUAUGAACAGAUUGGCUAAUUCUCCUGUACAAAAGAAAGGUGGCAAAGAUGGGGAUAAAAGAGACAAAAAACAACGUCCCAGCAGUGCCAUACCACCAUCUUUUGAUUUAGAGGCAGCCAAGUCAGAGGCUGAUAGUGAAAGCCAGGCAUCUAUCAAUGUAGAGGGACAGCAGUACAAUGAAGCUAAAUCUUACAUUAUGGUAGAGCUGAGCCUGGACAAACCUCUAGUUCCAAAACGUCCUGCAGAAUUACUUGCCAAAAGAGUUGCAGAGCUGAUCCCUCCAAGGCCAAUGUUUGCUAAGCGUACAGAUGGUGCUCAAAAAGCAGUUGAAGACUUCCAUUUUCAAGUUGCAAGUGUUGCUAACCUCAUCUUAGAAGAGUUCAGAGAACAUUUUGGUGACCAGUUUAAAGAUAAUGAGCCACAAUCAAGUGAAGAUAUGGAAGCUAGGCGACAAAAACUUGUGUAUGAAUUGAAUUCAUCAGGAAAAUAUUUUGCCUUCAAAGAGCAGCUGAAACAUUCUGUGGUGAAAAUUGUGAGAGAGAAAUAUCUUCGCACCACUGGGUUUGAAGAUAGACAGGAACUUCAAACAUUUUUAUCAGAGCUUUAUGUUUACUUGAUUGACCAAAUGCAUGUUUCACUUGGUCAUGUGAUGGCCCAUGAAGACCAGCCACCUGUACCCAAACCACUCACUGACAAUGCACAGCUCAAACAUUUUGCUCAAGAGGCAGAAGUCAACCAAAACUUCCAACUAGCUGCCACAUUUUACAAAGAGCGGAUAGCUAGAGACAAAACUGAUGCCAACAGUUGGUUUGAUUUUGGAACUUUUAACUUGUACAUACAUGACAUUCCCAAGGCUGAAGAAUGUUUCAAGGAAUGCAUUUCUCUCAAUCCAAGUCACCUACAAGGAUUGAUGUUGUAUGGGGUGGUGUGUAUGAUGACAGAGAGGUACGAUCUAGCUGAAACUUUCUUUGAAUCUGCAACGUGUGUUGAACCAAAAAGUGUCCUGGCUUGGACCAUGCUGGGUUUAUUUUAUGAUGCUGUUCCAAAUGAAAUUAGUGCUGAAAUGGCAUUUAUAGAAGCCCAAAAGCUCAACUUAAUGCCAGAGGUAGAACCAAAAGAGGAAGAACCCCAAGAAGAGAGCUUUGAUGAAGAUAAAGGGAAAACACCAGACCCCCAAGAAGAGAAGUCAUCUCCAAUGUCAGAAGUUUUAAAAACGGAGUCUGUCAAAACUUUUGAAGACAAAACUCCAGAUCCAACUAAAACAUCUGUUACCGGUGCUGACAAAUUAGUUGCAGAUGAUGGUAAUGAAUUAGGAAGUGCUGUCAAAGUUUGUGUUUUGUCUUCUACUGCUGAAAAUGUAAUUGAGAUUGAGUCCAGCACCACACCUCAACCACCAGAGAGUAUCUACAUGCAGGCUGUUGAAUGGCUUCUAGAAGUGAAAGCAACCUCAUUUACAGAAAGAGCUCUAGGGCAUGAACUGGUUACCUGCCCUAAUGGUCCCACACCAGCCUAUUACAUUGCACUAGCACAGCUGAGGUUACAGAAGGGGGAAUAUAAUUUAGCAGAAGAGAGUCUCAAUGAAGCACUUCAGCUGGAUUUUCAGAGUCCAGAUGCUUGGUCAUUAAUGGGUCAUGUGAAAUAUAUGACCAAUGACUUUAAUGGUGCCAGAGACUGUUAUGAAAGGACAGUGUCAUUCAUUGAGGAUGCCAGGGACAUGCAUUCAACCUACCUAAGACUUGCCUCCAUUUAUCUGCAAGAGAAUAAGUAUGAAACAGCAAAAAGAACUUUUCUCUUGGCAUGUAAAAGGUCUCCUUCUUGUGUAUCCUGGCUUGGUGUUGGCAUUGCCUGCUACAGAUUGAAUGAACUGACGGAAGCUGAAGAUGCCCUAUCAGAAGCUAAUAUUUUAAAUAAUAAUGAUCCAGAAGUAUGGGCUUACCUGUCAUUAAUUUGUCUCAAAACAAAACGUCAACUUGAAGCAGAGCAAGCCUAUAAAUAUGCUAUCAAACUCAGCCUUGAUGAUCCAGCCCUUCUGGCAGAAAUCCACAGAGAACAAGUUAUUCAUGGAUUUGGCAACCCUGCCUUUUAGAAAAGAUUUGUUUCCACUCCACAACUGCUGAUAAAACUGCUGAGCAUUAGUGGCAAUGAAAUAUAAAAGUAGAUUCCAUUCCAUUGGAGUUAUUUAUUUAUUGCACUUUUGAUAUGUUAAUAAAAGAAAUUAUUUCAGGAAUCAUUUUCCCUGAUGUUAGGGACCUGUUUAUUUUUCUGUGACUUAUUUUUUUGAAAUAUGAAAAUGAUAAUUGUGAUAAUUCUAUAAAUUUUUGAAACAUUUGAAAAGUAUACUUUUAAUUUACACAUCUGACUAUAUUUAAAUAUGCUGUUGUUAAGGAGAUUUAAGAUGUGUAGAAACAGAUAUGCAAGCACUUUCUUUUCAUAUUUGUGGUAAUAAUCUCAGCACAUAAUUGUGUGCCACUCAUAAAGAAUUCCAGUGUGUACUGUGAUGUAAAAAAUAAAAAAAAUAUUUUUAUUUCUAAA